AUGCAGCGCUUGUCUGUCGUUCUCCACACCGCCGUGGCGUGGCAGACGGUGAACGAGCUAGCGUGCGGGGACAGCGGCAUUGUGCACGGGGCUAAGCCACCUUCGGUGGAGGAGGAGGAGCCGCCGGACGACUUCGUCUGCCCGAUCACGACCGAGGUGAUGAGCGACCCGGUGAUGGCGGCGGAUGGGCACUCAUACGAGCGGACGGCGAUCGAGCGCUGGCUCGCGACCAAGUCGACGAGUCCUCUGACAGGGGGCGAGCUCGACCACACUUGUAUCUUCCCAAACCACUCGCUGCGUCGGAUGAUCCGAGAGUGGCAGAAGGCGCAGUGA